AUGGAAAAGGCAGCAGUGUCGGCCGAGGGCCUUGUCAUACCACUCAUCGACUUUUCAAAGUUUCUUAACGGCGAUGAUGCACAAAGAAAGGAAACCGCCAAGGCCAUCCUUCAUGGCUUUCAAACGGCUGGUUUCAUUUACCUCAAGAACCUGCCCAUAGAGCCUGAGGUCAUGUCGCAUGUCUUCUCCACGUCGGCCAAGUUCUUCACCAUCCCGCUCGAGGCAAAGAUGGACCUCGCUUGGACGACUCCGGCGAGCAACCGAGGAUACUCAGCGCCCGGCAGGGAGAAGGUGACCCAGUUGGCCGACGUUGAAGAGGUCAAAAAGCUAAAGGACGGGAAUCCUGACAUGAAGGAGAGCUUUGAAAUUGGCCGCGAAGGAGUCCUCGAAUACCCGAACCAAUGGCCCAAGGACGACACCGAGGCCACGUCUGAGUUCAAGCCGACAAUGCUCGACUUUUUCGACCGAUGCAAGGCCAUCCACGUCGAGGUCAUGCGGGCCAUCGCUGUAGGCAUGGGUCUCGAGGAAGCGAGCUAUUUUGACCGCUUUGUCGACGCGGGUGACAACACCCUUCGACUGCUGCACUACCCGGCAGUCGACCGCAAUGUGUUCCAGAUCAACCCGGGCCAGGUCCGUGCCGGCGAGCACUCUGAUUAUGGAUCCAUCACCCUCCUUUUCCAAGACGCGAGGGGUGGCUUGCAGGUCAAGGGGCCAAACGGUGCGUUUGUGGAUGCCACCCCGAUCCCUGGAACCUGUGUUGUCAAUGCCGGCGACCUGCUUGCUCGCUGGAGCAACGACACCAUCAAGAGCACCAUCCACCGUGUAGUUGAGCCACCUUCAGGCGAAGGUGAUGUGUACCCGCCUAGGUACAGCAUUGCUUAUUUCUGCAAUCCUAACAGCGAUGCGUUCAUUGAGACCAUCCCAGGAACCUACCAGACGGAAGCGGAGAAGAAGUAUGAGGGUAUCAACAGCGGUAAAUAUCUUGAACAGCGGCUGGCAGCAACUUACUGA